AUGGACUCGUAUCGCUCGACUCACACAACGGCCACGGCAGACGCAGAUGACCGAGGUCGCCCCGUUUUCUCUCGUCCCCGCCCCUCGUCAUCUGGCUUGGACGAGCUGCGUCGCAACGUGCACCAAGCUCAUGCGCGCGAAUCCACCCAUCGGCCCUACUACCCCUCGCCGCUCUCCCAGUCGCCUCUGCAGGCGUCUCUCUCCUCCACCACCCAUACCGCCGCCUCCGUCGCCAGCACGUCUCGCACCACACUCUCUACCUCCACCACACCCCCCUCCACUUCCUCUCGCUUCUCCAUCAACCAGGCUUUCAAGGCUUUGACCGAAGAUGACAUCCACUUCUUUGACCGUCUCAUCUCCACCCUCCCGCCCCAAGCUGCCGACUUUUCGCAGCUCAAGACUGCCUAUACUCACCUCUUGCCAGCCGAAUUGGAGCACAGGUCCCACCGUUCCCGUGACGCCGCCACCGAUACCGAUUGGGACACUCACCUCUGGUCCAUCCUCCUCAGCCUCGUCAAAGUACGUGGCUCAAACUGGCGAGAGCGUUGGGACUCGGUUCGUCUCGCGUUCGGCCUCGAUCCACACAGCGGCGAUGAGACCGAUCAGAGCGCCUCAACGCAGAGCACGCAAGCCAGCGCAUCCAGCUCCUCGGCACACGAUCAUCUCGAACCUCCCCCCGAGCCCAACCGGCGCCUUCUCGAACGCGCCUCUCAGCGCAGCGCGCCAGGCAGAGGCAACUCCCUCGAGCAAAUAAGUCCCCGCCAGCAAAGGGCUACAGCUGACUUUGGGAUCCGAGGCCACAGCUCACUAUACUCAAGAAGCCCGUCGCCUCCACCAUUGGCCUCAAGAGCAGAAGCCCAACUUCGGUCACAUCGCGGCGCCCCCCGCUACAGAGACGAUCACGCACAGCGCGCGCAACCCUCGCUCGACGACUCCAUCUCGGCCAUCCAAGCUCGUCUCAGCACUCUACUCGAUCCCGACGAAAAGCUGCACCGCAGCGACCUCGUCGACACUUCCAAUCACAGCUUGCCACGUCCUCCUCCCUCGAGCGAAACCACCACGCAUACGACACCUCGCCUCCCCAACGACACCAAGCGGCGCUUCGAUGAGCUCGUCCGCUCCUCUCAGCUCGAGCGGGCUCAACUGCGAAACUCGCAAUUCGCAAAACGGCAGCGAGAGCAAGACGAAAGGCAGACGCAAGACGAGCAUCUCGCCGACCUCUUCCGCCAACGCCGCCUUCUUCAAGUGUCCUUGGCAUGGUGGGCCGCUCUUGCUCAGCAGCAGGCCGAAAAGUGCCAGAAUGCGGCUGCAGCCGCUGCUCGCGUCCGCCUCACCAAAGCGUGGGAGCGUUGGCGCGCUCAGACUCACCAGGAUCUAGAAGGACGGCGCAUCGGUGAAAGAACCGACCGUGUUCGCUGCACUCUCACCGCAUUCCGCCGCUGGAAGCGCACCACACACAUCGCCGCAGAGCGCAAGCAGGAGCUCAGGAAGGAGUCCAUGCGCUCCGCCUAUUACACCACCACCGCGGCCGUCCGCAGGCGUCUCUUGACACAAGCGCUGCAGACCUGGCGCGAGCGUCGUCCCGAAAGCGUCGCAACCCGUGUCCGAAGACGUCAUCUCCAGGCAGGCGCUUUUGCCCUCUGGCAGAUGCGAUCGCUACAUGCACAGCAGCUUCGCACUCGCGAACGCGCAGCCAAGGCAAAGCACAAUCGAGCUACGCUUGCGCACGCGUGGAGUGUGUGGACCGAGCGAGCCGAGACAGCAAGUGCCGUCGGCGACUUUCAGCACCAUCACAAUCGCAUCUUGCUCUUGGACACUUUUCACGACUGGAGACGGAAGGCCAUGCUCUCGAGGCUCGCCGAGGCAUUCACGGAACGCCGCCUCAAGCUUGCCGCGCUUGACUCGUGGAAGAUGGCGCUCGACCAGCGGCGCGUCCAUGGAAAGCAGGAAGCGCUUGCAGCGCGAUGGCAUUUGCGCAGGGUCAAACAAAGCGCGCUCACAACCUGGCGCCAGCGACUCCAAACCGUUGCCAACAUGCAGCGAACCGCCGCCGAGAUCCACGGUGACCGCCGGUGGGAGACAGUCGGCAACGUCUUUCGGCGCUGGCAGCUGCAUGCGCGCGCAGCCUUAUUCGACCGUGCACAAGCCGCUGAAAGCCUGCAAAGCGCUUUCCACCACUGGAAGCACCGCCACCAUGCUCUUGUCGAAAGUUUGCAGCAGCGCGAGUCCACACUCGCAUGCAAACGCCAACGGCGUAGCCUGUCGAUGGUCUUUCAGCGCUGGAAGCAUCUUGCGCAGCACAUCCAAGCACGACAAGAGCUUGCCGUGGCGCGCAGAAACGAGAGCAUCUGCAGCGACGCCUUUGUCGCUUGGAGGAGCAACCAUCUGCAACUCCGCCUGCGCGCCGAGAAGGCCGCCGCUGUGUCGGACUAUUUCGUCCUCCGAUCUGGGUUCCACCAAUGGCGUGCUCAGCUACGCGAGCAGCGCGCAGAGAAGAAGGCGGCCUCGCAUGAUCGGCGGCUGUUGCAGCAAACGUUCGAGAUCUGGCGCACCCGGGCAGCCAAGCAGCAACGCCUGCACUCGCUGCUGCAGCGCUCCCUCGCCAAGAGCAGCAGGGCGCUGGCGCGGUCGUAUCUCGGGCACUGGGUUGACCGCAUCAUCGAGGUGCGCAACAGACAGCUGGAAGUCAAAGAGGAGCGCGACAGACGGCUGGUCAAGACGGCCUUCUAUGCGUGGAUCGAUGCGUGUUUGCGACACGAUGACCUACUGGCGCUCAUGAACAGCUACAUCGACGUCAAGCAGGAGGAACGCAAGAAGCGCACGUUUGCACUGUGGCUCGCAUCGGCUCGGGCGCAGAAGGAGCGCCGCGAAAAGGAGGAGCUCCUGACCGCGUCGGUACGCACACGUCGACUGGCGAACAUUGUAGCGUUGUGGCGGGACAGGAUGCGGGAACGGGCUCUAGCGACGAACGAGUACGAGAUGCUCAUGCGGCGACAGCAGCUCUCGUUGCAAUGGGCACUGCGUUCGUGGAAGUCGCACACCAGCAUGCUACCCGCGAUCCGGAUGCGCAAUACGUCGCUCAAGCGCACCGCCGUGCAGCACUGGCGAGCCAAGCUGCCCGAAGCGCAGAUGCGGAACGACGCAGAUAGGAUCGCCAGACGAAGGACGGUGGAGAUGGUGUGGACGAGGUGGAGAGACCAAGUGAAGCGCAGACGGCAGCUGCGAGCUGCGGCACGGUUUGGCGCGGGAAGUAUCACUGCUGAAAGGCUGCGUACGCUUUCAGCAGCGGCAGCAGCAAACAGGUCCGGGGGGUCGUCGUCACCGAUGCAGCGAUCUUCAUCGCCACUCACAGGGCUUGUGUCCACGUCGACGCCGAGGCAGCGGCCCAGGACUAGCCUCGCGCUGCUGCCCUCGAGGGGAAGUGCACACACCGGACGAAGCUCCUCCCUUCCGCGUUCGGACGGUGGAGAUUCGCCGUCGCGAGAAGCAUCGGCUCGAAGAGAGUUGGCGCCUCCAGCUACGUUGACGGCGACAAGCGCGAGCGAGCGUAGCCGCUUUUCGCUCGCGCUGCACUCGUCCAGCUCGUCCGUCUCGCCACCCCACGACCCCCCUACCGUCGCCGCAAAGCUCGAUGCGACACUCGCAUUUGCUACCCAGCAUCCACUCACCCGGCCCAAGCGCUCGGCCAAGUACGACGACGCGCGCGGUCGAAGCGGAUCAGUAUCAAGAGCAGCCAAGACGGGCAGAGAGGAGGAGGAGGCAGAGUCGGUCAGGUCGGCUCCGGUGCAGACGGCGUCGCGCGCUGUGGGCGAGGAUCUCAUCCGGCAGCUUCGUGAACGUGCAAAGUCGAGGAACCGUGUACAGUAG